UGCGUAAGUGAUAUCUCGGAUGGUUAUGCUGUGUUUAAUUGGGGUGGUUUCGCUUUCCAUUCAUUGUCGUCGACCUUCCAAGCGUCCUUCCAGUCCAUGUACUACCAUGCAAGCUGGAAGCUUAGUCGGAGUGCCUAUCACUCCUAUAUCAGCUGUUGUGUUGAGUGCUUCUAUCACCCGGCCCACGUGCUACCUGUGAUAAAGAUGCUGAACGUGGUGCCACGCACUACGAUUGCUACGAUGUGUAGACUGUAAAAGAAACUCUAGUAACGAGCAUACGCCAGGACCUGACAGUUUAUUACAUGGUGUGUAGAGGCAAUCAAUCGCCACCAUGGGAACUGACCGCGUGUUACAGCAGUGCCUAGUAGUUCUUUUGAUAAAUUGCCCCCCGCUGCUCUCAAUUCACCAGUCGGAACGUUACUGCAGUGCGUUCCCUCUUGUCGUGAACACUUGGGGGUUCUCCAACGCCACACUGCGAGCAUGGGAGGUGCUCACGAUUAUGAAUGGGACAGCGCUGGAUGCCGUGGAGCAGGGCUGCUCGCAGUGCGAGAAGGAUCAGUGCGAUGGCACGGUUGGCUAUGGGGGCAGCCCGGAUGAAGAUGGCGAGACAACCUUGGAUGCACUUAUCAUUGAUGGCCCUAGCUACUCGAUGGGGGCUGUGGGCGACUUGCGCCGGGUGAAGCAUGCCAUCUCUGUUGCACGAGCAGUCAUGGAGCGUUCUACCCAUACAUUCCUCGUUGGUGAAAAAGCCACCCAGUUUGCUGUGGAGAUGGGCUUCCAGGAAGAGUCGCUCACGACAAACCACUCCAAGCAGAUGUGGACUGAGUGGAAGGCGAACAACUGCCAGCCAAACUAUCGUCAGAAUGUGGCCCCGGACCCACGGACUAGCUGUGGCCCGUACCAGCCGUCGGAGCAGCUGUCUCCAGACAGAGAUGCCUGUCCAUCCGCAGCCAGUGAGCUUAACCACGACACCAUUGGCAUGGUGGUCAUCGAUACCAACAAGAGGCUUGCAGCAGGCACCUCCACAAACGGAAUGAACCACAAGAUUCCUGGCCGUAUAGGAGAUUCGCCCAUCCCUGGUGCGGGUGCGUACGCUGACCAGGAAGUGGGCGGGGCUGCAGCCACUGGCGAUGGCGACAUUCUCAUGCGCUACUUACCAAGCUUCCAUGCAGUGGAGAGCAUGAGGCGUGGCAUUGACCCCCGGGCUGCGAGUGUGGCCGCCCUUCAUCUCAUAGUGCGUCACCAUCCAAAGUUUGUUGGUGCGCUGGUGGCUGUCAGCAUCGAUGGGACUUACGGCGCCGCUUGCCAUGGCAUUCCAUCAUUUCCUUAUUCAGUGGCAAAGCCAGAAUAUGGCACUGCUGUGGUGGAACACGUCCAGUGCACCAACUGAGCUUUUUCAGAACUAGCAAGAAAAAUUUCAUCCCAAUCACAAGCAAGAGUUUUAAAGCACUGACUUCAUCUUGUUUCUGCAGCAAGGGGACUCCAUGCUUUGACGUGGUGUUGCGACAAACCUGCUCAUGCUACAAAGUCACAUCUAGCAUGUCGUCAGAAGCUUUCAAGACAAUGCAGCGAGAAUCGCAUAUUACUUGUUUUCAGCAUUAAAUCUGUGGGACAUUGUUGAAAACUCGCUUGCUUUAUAAAUGCUGUGUGUAUUAGCUC